CUUGGUAUCCUCUUAUUAUUUUACCGCCAUCCUAGAGGGGCGCUCCCUCCUCCUGUCUCCAGGCACUGCGCGGCAGCAGCAGCGGACUUCUGGCUCUGUCACCCCGGUGUUAAUCUGAAAAAUGGCCAACAUAGACAACAAAGAUCAGGCAGAACUUGACCAGCAGGAUAUGGAAGAUGUAGAAGAAGUUGAAGAAGAAGAAACUGGCGAGGAUGCUAAUAGUAAAGCUAGACAAUUGACUGCACAAAUGAUGCAGAAUCCUCAGAUUCUUGCCGCCCUGCAGGAAAGGCUAGAUGACCUAGUAGGUACUCCUACAGGUUAUAUUGAAAGUUUGCCUAAAGUAGUUAAGCGAAGAGUAAAUGCACUAAAAAAUCUUCAGGUGAAGUGUGCACAGAUUGAAGCAAAGUUCUAUGAAGUCCAUGCAUUGGAGCGGAAAUAUGCCGAUUUAUACCAGCCAUUCUUUGACAAGAGAAGCCUGAUCAUAAAUGCUACAUAUGAGCCUACAGAAGAGGAAUGUGAGUGGAAAAUAGAUGAAGAGGAGGAAAUUUCAGAGAUGAAAGAGAAAGCUAAAGUUGAAGAGGAGAAAAAAGACGAAGAGAAAGAAGACCCCAAAGGAAUUCCAGAAUUCUGGUUAACUGUAUUUAAAAAUGUUGAUCUUUUGAGCGAUAUGGUCCAGGAGCAUGAUGAGCCCAUUCUAAAGCAUUUAAAGGACAUAAAAGUAAAGUUUUCAGCAGUCGGUCUGCCAAUGAGUUUCACCUUAGAGUUUCAUUUUGAGCCUAAUGAAUUCUUUACAAAUGAAGUAUUGACAAAAACGUAUAAAAUGAGGUCGGAGCCUCAUGAGACUGAUCCCUUCUCAUUUGAUGGACCUGAAAUUAUGGGCUGUACAGGAUGCCAGAUUGACUGGAAGAAAGGAAAAAAUUUUACUUUAAAAACCAUAAAGAAAAAACAAAAACAUAAGGGACGAGUAAGGACUGUGACAAAAACUGUUCCCAAUGACUCAUUCUUCAACUUCUUCAGCCCUCCUGAAGUACCAGAAAAUGGAGAACUGGAUGACGAUGCUGAAGCCAUUCUUACUGCAGACUUUGAAAUCGCACACUUUUUACGCAAGCAAAUAAUUCCUCGAUCCGUGCUUUACUUCACUGGAGAAGCUAUAGAAGAUGACGAUGAUUAUGAUGAGGGUGAAGAAGCAGACGAUGAGGAAGGGGAGGAAGAAGCAGAUGAGGAAAAUGAUCCAGACUUUGAACCGAAGAAAGAUCAAAACCCGGCUGAGUGCAAACAGCAAUGAAGCAGUGUGUAUGUGGCCUUGAGGAUUACCUGCACUGUAAUAAAUUAAACUAUUAGUUACUUACAGCCUUAUGUUUUGUAUCUUCUUGGUAGAAUAAAGUAAACAAUUUUUUGUUAUAAAACAAUAAAAUUAAAACAUU